UGCGAGGCCGUGUCUUUCGACAUAUUGGACACCAAGUUCGACAUGAUCUUAGACAUGUCGUGGCCGCAAAGCGAAGACCAUCCGGUGAACUUUUAUCGACGCACCGUUCACGUUCAUGAUCAGUGGCGAACUAGUCCCAUGUACGGUGCCGCUUCCUCAUCCUUCGAUUGGUUGUCGCGUGGUCUCCGCGGCGAGCAUUCGCCAAUCCAUCCGGCGGAACGACAUCGAGGAGAUGGGCAUAUGUUUUCUUCACGCCCUCCCACCCGGUGAUCAGCCCAAGACGGAUACAUCGGACCCACGCAUCAUUGAGUUGUUGGACAGCUAUGAGGAUGUCUUCCAAGCUCCCGCUGGAGUAGUACCGGAUCGGCCCAUACGCCACGGGAUCACUCUCGAGGACGGCGCCGUACCUCCGCGCGGAUGUAUUUACCGCAUGAGCGAAGAUGAGCUUCAAGUGCUUAGGGCACAACUAGAUGACCUCUUGGCCAAGGGCUGGAUUCGCCCUAGCUGUUCGCCAUACGGUGCUCCCGUUCUCUUCGUCCGGAAGAAGAACAAGGACAUUCGUUUUUGCAUCGACUAUCGGAAACUUAACGUGCAAAUGAUCAAGAACGUCGGCCCUCUCCCUCGGAUCGAUGAUCUUCUCGAGCGACUAGGCGGCGCCAAGUACUUCUCAAAGCUUGACCUCAAGACCGGAUACCACCAGAUCGAGAUCCAGCCAAGAGAUCGGUACAAAACUGCAUUCAAGACGCGCCGGUCGCUGGACGAGCACCUUCGUUCCGUUUUGGAGCGGCUCCGUAUCGCCAAGUACAAGGCAAACUGCGACAAGUGCGAGUUUGCCCAGCAAGAGCUGGAGUACUUGGGCCAUUACGUUACGCCGCAAGGCAUUCGUCCGCUCGCGGACAAAGUACAAGCCAUUCAAGAUUGGUCGGACCUCAAGUGUACUACCGACGUCCGCUCCUUUCUUGGCUUAGCAUCAUACUACAUGCGCUUCGUCAAAGGUUUUCAACGGAUCGCUGCACCAUUGUCGCGACUUCAGUCCCCCUUGGUGCCCUUCGAGUUCAACGACGAAGCCCGGCACGCGUUCCAUACGCUGAAGACGGCUUUGCUCCAAGCUCCCGUCUUAAGCAUCUAUGACCCGACCUUGCCUACCAAAGUGAUUACGGACGCUUCUGGCUACGACAUCGGUGCGGUUUUGGAACAGCAUGACGACACAGACUGGCAUCCGGUUGAGUACUUCAGCCAAAAGGUGUCGCCCAUCAAUACACUUGAUGAGGUGAGGAAGAAGGAACUGCUAGCUUUUGUCACCAUACUUAAGCAUUGGCGUCACUUUCUCCUCGGGCGUCGGCGAUUCACGUGGACAACGGACAACAAUGCCUUGACUUAUUACAAGACGCAAGACACGGUGAGCAGCACGAUCGGUCGGUGGAUGUACUUCAUUGACCAGUUCGACUUCACCUCCAAGCAUAUACCGGGCUCCUCGAACAAGGCAGCGGAUGCUCUCUCACGAAGACCUGAUUUUUGCGCCUUGGUGCACUCCACAUUCGGCCUCGACGAGGACCUGCAACAACAUUUUGUAAACGGGUACAAGUCAGAUCCGGGAUUCUCCACACUCUAUGCGGACUUAUCAUCGGAUCACCCGCCGGCAAGCAAUUACUGCAUUGUCGACGGCUACUUGCUUCUCCAUACACGAGGCAAGGACUUGUUGUGUGUUCCCCAAGACCGCAUCUUGCCCACUCGCCUCCUUGGCGAAUACCACGAUUCGCAGUUGGCGGGACACCUUGGCGUCGCACGCACACUAGCACGACUCCGCCAACGAUUUCACUGGCCGGACAUCAUCAGCGACGUCAAUCGGUACAUUCAGUCAUGUGCAGUUUGCCACCGGAACAAAGGGCGCCAUCAGCUCCCGUACGACGAACUGAAACAGUGUCGAUUCCUCAAGAACCAGGUCUUUCCAUUGCUAUGGAUCCACGGCGUUCCGGAAGAUAUCGUUAGCGACCGCGACACUCGUUUCAUGUCAGCCUUUUGGACGACACUCAUGGUGGAAUCCGGCACCAGCAUGAAACCGAGUUCCGCACGACAUCCUCAAACGAAUGGGCAAACGGAACGUGCGCACCAGACUGCGCAGAUGAUGCUCCCGCACACUCAUCCGCCGGAUCAGAAGGACUGGGUUGACCGCCUUCCCGACAUAGAGUUCGCCUACAACACUUCGGUGUACCCGACGAUUGGCGUGACUCCAUUCGAGUUGCAUCACGGUGGACGGAAAGGACGUAUCUUCGCAGACAUUUUGCUUCCACGGGCUGCCGAUAUUGACGCCGCUUGCUCCCCCGCUUCUACACGGAAGUACAGGGAACUGCUGGCCAAAGCCCGCGCAAACAUGCAAAAGGCUCAGCACACAAUUGUUGCUCAAAUCUUUGGACACACUCAUAGGGAUGAGUUCAAGGUUCUUCACAGCAUGCUAAAUCAUUCUGUGCCAACAAGUUUAAGUCUCGUGGCCCCAUCUGUGACCCCGUUUUCCAAUAGAAAUCCAUCAUUCCGGGUUUAUGAUUACCACAGGAAGCCGUUCGUCUCUGGAGGGAGGAGGAUUGUGCUUGAAGACUAUACACAGUACAUGCUUGAUUUGGAUUUUGCGAACAUGGUCGGCAGGGCAUCGAACUGGGUGGCGGAGUAUAAAGUAAGAUCAUUAUAUAAGCUGGAUGCCCUCACACCGGAGAGCUUUCACGACCUUGCAACUCGGAUGGCAAAGGACUCCGACCUCUUGGCGCAAUACAUGAAUUACUGGAUGUUACAGAGGCCUGCUGCUUGUGACAAGGUCUGCUUGAAUGCCAGGCUUUGUUACCAGGUGACGAACACGUUCGAGGGCUACAAGCAUUGCAUGGGUGGAAAGGUAGAUGGCUGGGGAAUGAUCCUUGCGACGCUUAUGAAUAAGAUCAUGGAAUGCUGAAGCUGAGUACAGGUACUCUGCUGGUGCUGUAAGCAUCUUCUGUUUUGGUCACGACUCACGAGUGAAUAGUGGAAUACUGAAUGCUACACAUCAGUGGUGCCUUUGUGUGCCUGUGGUGAACUUACCGAAGUGGAGUCUUGGAUUUCUCAGAACUCUGUUAUUAUCUGCAAGGCAACUUUGAAGGACACGUUUGAAAUUUGAAUCAUACUUCACUCAACUCCUUGGAUCUUCUAAAGGUCACACUCUUUUGUGAUCCCACUGGAGGCAUGCAUUACCAUUCACAUUAUCACUGUCAUCAUCGUAGUACCAUCAUCAUCAUCAUACUCUUCCUCCUCCUCCUCCUCCUCCUCCUCCUCCUCCUCCUCCCCCCCCUCCCCAUCAUCAUCAUCAUCAUCAUCAUCAUAAUAAUAGUCAUCAUCGCCAUCAUCAUUAUCACCAUGGCCGUCAUCAUCGCCUCCUCCUCCUCCCCGUCAUCAUCAUCAUCAUCAUUGUCGUCGUCAUGGGUCGCUUGGUGACAGAAACUCAACUGCCAGGGCCAAUCGAGGGAGCACAAGCGCUGCUGAUCGAGUGUUGGAGCGAAAAUGCUUGGUUGCACCUCAACUCCUCAGGCAGGUUGAGCAACUUUCCUGAGUGGAAGGGGGGCUUUCAGACUUCAUUGUGGGUUUGCUGUACUCAACCCACUCUUUUCAAUUCAUGCAACCCACUAUUUUUCCAUCCUGCUACUACUGCAGGUAAGCAUACGUCCGUGAAAUGCACAACAUCCAUCCACUCUUUCUGAAAACCAGUUCUCUUAGAGGGAAUGUGCAGAAGGUUCUGUUGUAUGGAACAACACUUGCUCUUUUCCUAACAAUCUUUGCUGGCCAAGAGCCAACAAACCUUAACUUCAGAUGUACCUGGUUGCAAAAAAUCUGCUCUAGCCUGAGUAGCCCAGAGCAGAUGGCUGAACUCCAACAGACCAUCUCACUGGAAGCGAGCGGUCCACUUAGGUUGAAGUUGUUGAACUGCAAAAAAACAGGAACAAGAGACAUGGGAACAGCUGGCCUAGCUCAGUUGGUACACCCAUGAGCCAACUGUUGAAAUACAGACCAGAGUUCAAAUCCAGAUGGAACCAGAUGAAUGGGAAACCAAAAAAGAGAAAAAAAAGCCGGCGUCUUAAUGUCGGGCUCCAUUUGGCAGCGCAUGGGCUUGGCAGUCUAUCAAGCUGUGAGCCGAUGGCGGUUGUCUUCUGCCAACUAACAAUCACUGCAGUACUUUGCCAUAUAAAUCUGAAUAUUAUAAUCAAUGGAGCGGCUUUUUUUCCUUUUCUAUUUUUGAAAAAAUAAAUUAGCAGAGUAUUA